UGGAAGGCAGUUAUAGAAAGAGAAGGACACAAGUUUCGGGUUAUAGGGGGACUGAAAGAAUGCUGGAGAUUCGGUACAUUGUUGAAAAUCUUUGAUGGGCUACCAGCCUUCUGGUCUGCUCUUUUCUGGAAUUGAUCUGGAGAAAGAGCUUUGCUUUGAUUUCCCUUCUGGAAUCCUUUUUUGGGUUUUGAAGAAUAUUGAAAUUUGGUUCACGAUAAAGAAGGGAAAGAAAGCAUUCACAUUGUGGGGAAACAGGAAUUUUGGAAGACAAUUUCGUUCUUUUGAUCUGGAAAGAGCUCCAUUUAGGAUCUAAUAAUGAGUGUUGUUUCUGGUGUAAUCUCAAGGCAAGUAUUGCCAGCAUGUGGCAGCCUUUGUUUCUUUUGCCCAGCGAUGCGGGCUAGGUCUCGCCAACCUGUUAAAAGAUACAAGAAGUUGAUCUCAGAUAUAUUCCCGCGGUCCCAGGAAGAAGAACCAAAUGAGCGGAAGAUUAGCAAACUGUGUGAGUAUGCAGCAAAAAAUCCUUUGCGCAUCCCUAAGAUAACAACUUCGCUCGAGCAAAGAUGUUACAAGGAAAUAAGAAACGAGAAUUUUCGGUCUGUGAAAAUAGUCAUGUCUAUAUACAGGAAGUUAUUGAUUUCCUGCAAGGAGCAAAUGCCUCUUUUUGCAAAUAGUUUAUUAAGCAUAAUUCACACUCUGCUGGAGCAGACACGCCAGGAUGACAUACUGAUCACAGGAUGCCAGUCUCUCUUUGAUUUUGUAAAUAACCAGAAAGAUGGGACUUACAUGUUUAACUUAGAAGGGUUCAUUCCUAAGCUUUGUCAAUUUGCUCAAGAAGUUGGAGAUGAUGAGAGAGCAAAGCAUCUCCGUGCAGCUGGGCUCCAAUCACUUGCCGCCCUGGUCUGGUUCAUGGGUGAAUAUUGCCAUAUUUCAGCAGAGUUUGACAAUAUUGUUUCAGUUGUCUUGGAAAAUUAUGGAGCACCAUGUAAGGAGGAGCUGCAGGACCCUAACCAGAAUAAGUGGGUGCAAGAAGUACGUAAGGGUGAGGGCCAUGUUUCGCCUCCACUGGACCUUUUGACAAAGGUUCCGUCUUGGCGGAUGAUUGUGAAUGACAAAGGCAUAGCAAAUGUCCCAAUGGAAGAUGCACAGGAUCCCUGCUUUUGGUCUCGGGUGUGCCUUCAUAACAUGGCCAAGAUAGGCAAGGAGGCUACAACAAUGCGACGUGUUCUUGAGUCUUUAUUUCGCUAUUUUGAUAAUGGAAAUCUAUGGGAAUCUGGAUAUGGGAUUGCUUUUCCUGUUUUAAAGGACAUGCAGCUAAUAAUGGAUGGUUCAGGGCAGAAUACACACUUUCUCCUGUCGAUAUUAGUCAAGCAUCUUGAUCAUAAAAAUGUUCUUAAACAACCUGAUAUGCAGCUUGACAUUGUUAAGGUUGCCACCUCCCUUGCUCAAGACACAAAGACUCUGGGUUCAGUAGCUAUUAUUGGGGCAGUAACUGAUAUUAUGAGGCAUCUUAGAAAAAGCAUACAUUAUUCACUUGAUGAUGCAAAUCUGGGCGCUGACUUAAUCAAGUGGAACAGAGAAUUUAGAGAGGCAGUAGAUGAGUGCCUUGUACAGUUAUCAUGCAAGGUUGGUGAUGCAGGCCCUAUCCUUGAUGCCAUGGCUGUCAUGUUAGAAAACAUCUCAACCAUUACAGUCAUAGCAAGAACUACUAUUGCAGCAGUUUAUCGGACAGCACAAGUUGUAGCUACAAUGCCAAAUUCGUCUUACCAAAAUAAAGCAUUUCCUGAGUCUCUAUUUCAUCAGUUACUCCCUGCCAUGGUUCAUCCAGAUCAUGAAACACGGGUUGGAGCCCACCGAAUCUUUUCAGUAGUGCUUGUGCCAUCUUCAGUUUGCCCGUACACAGGCUCGGCAGAGCCUGAGUCAAAGAAGCCUACAGAUCUUCAAAGAACACUUUCAAGAACUGUUUCUGUUUUUUCGUCUUCAGCUGCUCUUUUUGAAAAGCUGAAAACCAGAAGCUCUUCACGAGAAAGUGUGGUUCAGGAGGUCAAGGAGAAGCCUACUGGUGAUGAAGUACAAAGUAGAGUCAACGAAGGAAUGCUAAGCAGAAUUAGAUCAACAUAUAGUAGAGCCUAUAGCUUCAAAAAUCCACCUGCAGAUGCAGAUUCCAAAAACAAGACAUCAGUGGACCCUAUUUCUCUUCGUUUAAGUAGCCACCAGAUCAGUCUGUUGCUUUCAUCAAUAUGGGCACAGUCCAUAUCUCCUGCAAAUAUGCCUGAAAACUAUGAAGCUAUUGCUCACACAUAUUGCCUAGUUUUGUUGUUCUCUCGUGCCAAGAAUUCAUCUCGAGACCAUCUAGUUCAAAGCUUUCAACUCGCGUUCUCAUUGCGUCACUAUUCUCUGGCUCAAGGAGGGCCUGUGCCACCAUCAAGACGCAGAUCUCUUUUUGUUUUGGCAACCUCUAUGAUUGUUUUUUCAUCAAAAGCUUACAGCAUUAUUCCCCUUGUUCCAUGUGCCAAGGCUGUAUUUUCAAAGAAAGUGAUUGAUCCAUUUCUGUCCUUAGUUGGAGACUCGAAGUUACAGGUAGUAGAUACUGGAUCCAGGCUUGGGAAUGUCGAUUAUGGAUCCAAGGAAGAUGACAGUUCUGCUAUGAAAUGUCUUUCGGAGAUUGAAAUUACAAAGGAUCAGACCAGGGAACACAUGGUUUCCAUUAUAGUGAAGAGUUUGGACAAUUUGCUAGAUGGAGAGGUUUCCAACAUAAGAGAGCUGUUGCUGAGUAACUUUUUGCCUGACUAUGUUUGUCCACUGGGAUCCCAGUUUCUUACUGAAACUUCAGAAUAUGCACAGCAGUCUAAUGAGAAAAAUGAUGAAAAUCAGGAGAAGGCUGGUCCAAUUUUCACAUUAGAAGAUGAUCCUGUUCCAGAUUCAUCUGAAAUCAUUUCAAAACAAAAUCCAGAAUUAGCUAUUGAAAUUCCUGACCUAUUGAGUGUCAAUCAGCUUUUGGAAUCUGUGUUGGAAACUGCACAUCAAGUGGGAAGACUAUCAGUGAGCACAGCAUGUGAUGUCCCUUAUAAGGAAAUGGCCCAUCACUGUGAGGCACUCCUGAUGGGAAAGCAGCAGAAAAUGUCCUACUUGAUGAACAACCAACAGAGACAGGAAAGUUUGUUGAUCAGAGUUUCUCAGCACUCUGAUGAAAAUGAUAGAGGAAUGGUUUCGCAUGUACAUACUGAUAUAAGUUUAAAACUGGUAACAAAUCCAUUCUUGGACAUGGAUACUUUUGGGAUGGCAAGCAAACCACCAGUUGUGCCCUUGUUGUGUGCAGCUGAAUACCAACAUCGUCCUCAGUCUUUCAAGCUACCAGCAUCAAGCCCAUAUGAUCACUUUUUAAAAGCUGCUGGAUGCUGACAAGAGAAGGUAUUAUGUAUAUUAAUCGAAUCAAUCAAGGCGUCCGCGAUACUCUAAAAAGUGGAUUAAAUUGGAUGCUAAGAUGCUCCACAGUGAAGCUCUUCCUGCUUCUGCGUGUCUGCAGAUCUGAUAUACACAGCAUUCGGCAUAAAGGCAGCCAGCACCCGAUCUUGAAAUCGAUUGAGCUUGUUUCUUGUCCCGGUAAAUUCAUUCUUUUGUUCUUUUUCUCUCAUGUGGUUCGAGACAUGUAUAGUUCUUGUGCAAGGCAUGGAGGAGCCAACGUCCAGAUUUUGUCUUCUGUGAUAAACAAAUGCAGCAACAUUUGAGGAAUGACCAUACUAGUUCAGUCACUGGUAUGCUAUGUAUAAAAGCAAUUUCAACUUGAGGUUGAUCUUUGGACCUUCGGAUUGUAGAGGAAAGGGGCUACUCUUCUCCUUCCUCAGUUGGUCGCUAGCUGGCCAUUUUGUAAUUACCAUCAAUCUUGAAAAAAAAAUAUGUUUAUUGGACGAACCACAUUUGUUAACCUGCCUCUUGCUGCAUCUUUCAUUAUGUGCAAAACUUGUGGGAUCAA